UUCCGGAAGGGAGGCGGGACUUAUAGGGCUGUUAAAUUUGCGCGGGAUUGGUCCUGAUGUAGUCAUGGCGGCCUUCCGGGACAUGGAAGAAGUGAGCCAGGGGCUGCUGAGCCUGCUGGGCGCCAACCGCGCUGAGGCGCAGCAACGGCGGCUGCUGGGGCGCCACGAGCAGAUGGUGGAGCGGCUGCUGGAAACGCAAGACGGCGCCGAGCAGCGGCUGCGAGAGAUCCUCACCUUGGAGAAGGAGGUGGCCCAGAGCCUUCUUGAUGCAAAGGAGCAGGCACAGCAGGGCGGCACUCAGUUGCAGCAGCUUGAAGCCGAGCUUCAGAGGGCCAGCGAGGAGGACACCCAGCUGAAGGCCAGCCUCCUUCAGCUCACCAGAGAGUUGAAGGAACUCAAAGACAUCGAGGCUGAUCUUGAAAGACAGGAAAGGGAGAUCGACGAAGACACCACUGUCACCAUCCCUUCAGCCGUGUAUGUAGCUCAACUUUAUCGCCGAAUAAGUAAAAUUGAGUGGGAUUAUGAGUGUGAGCCAGGGAUGAUCAAAGGCAUCCAUCACGGCCCCAGCAUUGCCCAGCCCAUCCACCUGGACAGCACCCAGCUCUCCAAGAAAUUCAUCAGCGACUAUCUCUGGAGCUUGGUGGACACAGAGUGGUAGCCAGGAGCCUCUCGACUGUGUCUUAACAGUCCUACACAGUAGAAUCAGCCGUGGUGGGCGGUCGGUGCCUUGGUGGUGAGAUCAGCUUAAAAUUAAAUGUUUAUACACAAAUGA